AUGCAUCGAAUUCAAGCCAUUUGCUUGGGACACAAGGAAAAAUUUAUUGAUAAUUAUCAAUCAAUUGAAAAAUUAGAAGCACAAGUGUUGGAAAAGUAUAGAAAAUAUCUGGUUCAAACAAAUGUAAAAGAUAUAUAUGUUCCAUUCAUAUUAGCAUAUAAAAGCGAAGCAACUGGUAAGGAAGAAGUACUAACAGACAUAAAUGUGAUUCCCAAGAAUAAUGGACGUUGGUUUCGAUUAUUUGUUAAACGGGUAUGUAAAACAAUAAAUCAAAUUAUUCUUUUUUAUUCGGACACAGAUUUAUACGGUGAUAUAUCAUUAGAUAGGAACGAACAAGAUAUUCAUAAAGGUCUAGAUUAA